AUGUCUAGCGGCCAGGUGCUGAAGGCCGAGAAGGACUUCACCAAGGAAGUCGAUAAGCUUCUCCCAGAGGCUGAGAAGCUUGGACAGUCAAACCCGCAGGGAGCAAUCGAGAAGCUGCUUGUUUUGGAGAAACAGACCCGCCAGGCCUCCGAUCUCGCCUCUACCUCCAGGAUUCUCGUUGGAAUAUGCACAAUAGCUAAGAAUGCCGGAGAUUGGAGCUUGUUGAAUGAGCAAGUGUUGCUACUCUCGAAGAAGCAUGGCCAGCUCAAACAGGCUACCACCAAGAUGGUGCAGGUAGCCAUGGGAUUCCUGGACGAUACACCAAACCUAGAGACGAAGCUAUCGGUCAUCGAGACUCUUCGAACCGUCACCGAGGGCAAGAUCUUCGUCGAAGUCGAACGGGCUAGAAUUACGCGCAUUCUUUCGGACAUCAAGAAGGAACAGGGCGAUGUGAAGGCGGCGACCGAUAUCCUCUGCGAACUUCAGGUCGAGACAUUCGGUUCCAUGACUCGCCGAGAGAAGACAGAGUUUAUUCUUCAACAAGUGGCGCUUUGCAUAGAGAGCAACGAGUGGACACAGGCAGGCAUCUUGAGCAGGAAGAUCAGCAAGAGGUAUUUCACAAGGAAACCAAAGAAGUCCCCAGAACAACUCGAGAAGGAGAAGAAGGAGCGGGAAGAGAAGGAGAAGACGCGGAGCGCUGAUGAGCCCCCGCCUGAGCCUGAAGAUGACGUUACCGACUUGAAGCUACGCUACUACGAACAACAAAUUAUGCUCGCCAAGCAUGACGACAAGUACCUUGAGGUCUGCAAGCAUUACCGACAGGUGCUAGAUACCGAGGCCGUUGAGGAGGACCCCAAGAAGCUUCGAGCCAUUCUUCAACGUGUCAUUUACUUCGUCAUCCUAGCACCGUACGAUAACGAGCAAUCGGAUCUCAUUCACCGAAUCCAGAGGGACACGCGCAACUCCCAGAUCACCCAAGACGCCCAGUUGGUCAAGCUCUUCACAGUACCCGAGCUGAUGAGGUGGCCCAUGGUUGCUAAGCAGUUUGGACCACACCUGACAGACUCAGAUGUCUUUGACGCAGAGAAGGAUGAUUCAGAGGAUCCCAAAGCACAUCAGAGAUGGCAAGACCUGCGCAAACGUGUGAUCGAGCACAACGUGCGCGUUGUUGCCAAGUAUUACACUCGAAUUCAGAUUCCUAGACUCACGCAACUCUUGGAUCUUACCGAGGACGAGACGGAGAAGUACAUCAGUGAAUUGGUUACCGCAAAGACCAUCUACGCCAAAAUCGACCGCCCGGCACGUAUCGUCAGCUUUGCUAAACCCAGGGAUGCUGAUGACGUUCUCAAUGAGUGGAGUGGAAACAUGAAGAGCCUCUUAGGCCUACUCGAGCGUAUCGACCAUCUCAUCACCAAGGAAGAAAUGAUGGCCCGUAUACAACCUACGAAGAUUGAGAAGGGCAAAGCAGGCAAGGCGAAGAAAUGA